CUAUAUUUGCGCAACGUGUUCAUACACGUCCGUCAUUGCUGCUCUCAUUGCCAAGUGCAUCCCCGGCCUCCACUUCCAACGGCCGAGGGUGAGAAACUCGGUCUUGAGUCGGGAGAAGUCGAGGCAAGCCUUGUCAUACUCUUGAUUUUCUGUCGUUCUAAUAAGAGCCCAAAUCGGUGAAUUUGCGAACGACUACAUCGUGACUUCAUGGACUGGACAGCAUUUGGCGACGGUAUAGGUGCACACCGGCCCAGCGCCGCUGGUAACAGAUACGACCAACCAGACCUCGUGCAACAGGAUCAACGACAAAAUUUACGCGCUGAAGAACCAAGUCCCGAUAGUACUGAUGAGAAGUCUCUUGAGCUCCCCCAGGCCGACGAGACCUCUCCUUAAUUGCAGAUAUAUUUUAGCAUCUUCCUUCGUCUGUCAUUUCAGUUAUUGCAUGAACUUGCCUUUGCUCUCUUUCCUAUCCC